CUCGAUGCUUUCAACGUUCCCGGUGCUUUUUUUCCCAAUGAUGUUACCGAUGCUUUUGCUUUCAACGUUCCUGAUGCAAAUUAGUCUUUAAAUUUAAUUUAGCCAAUCUUACUAAUAAUACUUAUAGAUAGUUUUACAACUAUCACAUCUAGUUAGAUUUAGUUUAAAAUUUUUGAAAACUUUGAUCCCGGACGUAAGUUCUUUUCUAAAUAGAGGAAAGGUAAUAUUCCUCCAGGAGAAAAGCUGUAUGUUGGCAAAUUUGUAUGAUGUUUCUAUUGUCUACCAUAAGAAAAGACGACCAAAAGAGGAAGAAAUUUAUAUUCCUAAUUUCAUGGAUUACUUCUGUCUUUUCUCUCGUAUUGGAUAAGUAUCUUCUUAUUUUUACUUUUUUUUACUACUUGCAUCACUAUAUUUUCUUUUCAUUUUCUCAAUACAGGACUAAAGUGAUAUGCCCAUAUGCUAAAAAAUUUGUGAGCAUAUUCCAACCACGAAAAAACUAGAAUUUUUGAUAAAGUAAAUAUGCAGUUUAUGGUUUUAAUACGUAUUAACA